CACAAAAGCAAAUUUAGCAUAACCUCAAAACCAUUUAUUAUAACACUAUUAAUCACCAAAUAUAAUGACACCCAGCAGUCAUAAUUCCCGGUACAGAUUGCAGCUGUCGCUUGUCCAUGUCAGAGCUGGCAGCAGCACCCAGGGCGCAAAAACUGCACGACGUUUUAAUAAGUUAAAUAAACGUUUCGUAAAAUCAUUCUCCCAACUGCACACACGAAAUCACAGACGAACCAAAAAAAAAACAACAUCUCAUCCUCUCGAAACCCCGAGCGGCAACCAUUUAACAAGGGCGCGUCAUUCUAGGAUUUUCGCCGUGCGCUGUCCUGCCUGCACCCGAUGUGUGUAAUUCAAUCAAAAUUUAUUUACAAAAUAUUUAUUUCCUCUCGAUUCCGGUACCGGCACCCGACCGAAAAUCGCCUCUAGGCCAAAACCGCGCAACCGAGAUCUCCCCAGCAGUACAGAACCAUUCUCGACUGCCAGUGCAGUGCUAGCGAAAUUCUCACCAAUACAGCGGCGGAUGCGCCAUUCUUCGGAAGCAGCACCGUCAGCGAAUUGAAAACGUUACUACACACUACCACUACCUACGAAUCCAGAAGCGCGAACACACAGAACGCACCGAAGCGCAUCAGCAGCAGCGAGAACCAGAAAGAACUUUAUUUAUUUAUAUUGAAAUUCCUUGUUUGAAUCAAAACGUGUAAACAAAUUGUACAUCUUAACCCCCGACGUUUACAAACUGAGCGACGCUUAUUUGGCCAACAGCAGCGAAGCAAAGCGAAAAGCGGUCCGAUCCGAGGGCGUGGUUUGAACCCGUCUUUCCGGCUUCUCUUCGGUGUUGGUGCGCAAGUCGGGGAAUCAGAAAAACAGAAACAGAGAGUGCCAAUUGCGCGAGAGAGUCUCUCAGUGCAGCCGCGGUCGCGUCCAUGCUUGAAUCAGAGCCGGUGGCUGGAGGUGAACGCUUUUGGAGUGAGUAUGAGAGAGUGGGUAACACACACACAGUCAGCAAACUAGUGGUGCACCGUGUGAAUGGAAGACUUGGUGAAAUGUGCUCUGAUUGGUGGACGCCAGGGGUUGCAUUUUGCGGUGAUUGGCUUUGUGGGUUUUCGGUGUUGACUUUGUGCUGGCUUUCGAACGGCCGUAUAAAAGGUAACGGGAGGGGAAGUGCAUAAUCAGUCACGAACUUGUAGCCAUUCUAACCACAUCGUUUCUGCGCCUCACGAUAGAGCGGGUUUGUUGAGAGAGUGAGUCUUUUUGAAUGGAUGUUUAAGAAAACUGGUUUUUGGUGAUUGUUAAUUAGUAAUCGGUUUCGGUCGAACGGUUUAUUCGAGUUUCAACCGGUGUGCAAGUGAAAGCAAAGGACUUAAGCUGACGUUUUAUGAUAAUUUGAAAAAUAGUUCAAUGAGUGCAAGAAGCAAGUGAACUUUUGGAAGAGAAGAUCAAGUGUUGUGAAUUAUGGUAAACAUUGAUCCAACGAAUAUGAAUGGACAAACAAUGUUUAGUAUGGCCCGUGCGCCUUUGAAAUCGAGCUUUUCGAUUAACUCGAUUUUGCCGGAAACCGCAAUGACAACUUCACCAGUGCAUACGCCAUCGCCGUCGCCUCAUUCGUGCCAUUCACCGAUCGGGUCAGAGGAGCAGGAUCAUGAUCUGACUGAUACCGAGUCGGAUUUGGAUGUCACUGGAACACCCCCGCCAAUGGAUUGUAGCAAUAAGGAAAAAUCAGAUGAAAAUGAAGAUGGUGCCUCAAGUCCCAAGGACGGUGAAAAGAAAGGCAAUGAAAAGCCUCCAUACAGUUACAAUGCGCUUAUCAUGAUGGCCAUUCGGCAAAGUGCUGAAAAACGUCUCACGUUAAAUGGAAUCUACGAGUAUAUUAUGCGAAACUUCCCAUACUAUCGGGAUAACAAGCAAGGAUGGCAGAACUCCAUUCGACACAAUCUCAGUUUAAACAAGUGCUUUGUGAAAGUGCCUCGCCACUACGAUGAUCCAGGCAAGGGUAACUACUGGAUGUUGGAUCCCUCUGCAGAAGAUGUUUUCAUCGGAGGAUCAACCGGAAAACUUCGUCGUCGAUCAACCGCUGCAUCGCGAAGCCGUUUAGCUGCCUUCAAGCGGUCGCUAGUUGGACCAAUGUUCCCAACUCUAGGCUAUCCUCAGUUCAACCAAUUCAUGUAUCCGUCACCCGCCCAUGCACAAACGGCCCUGUUGGCACAAAUGUACUCGAGGUAUGCCCCGUACGCCCCAAGUAUAGCUCCGAAACCUACCCUGCCACUCCCGCUACCACUACCCGUCGGUGCACCAGGAUUCGGUAUGGAUCGACUAUUAGCCGCCGGCGUUGCACCUCAGCUCACCCAUCAGGGAAUCACCCAGCACCAGCAAGCGCAGGCCGAGCUGUACCAAAGACUUCAGUAUCAGCAACUCCUUCAGCAUCAUGCCGCCCAAGCCCAGGCUCAAGCUGCUCAUAUGCAGCAGCUAAGUCCCACGGAAAACCACCAGCAGCACUCACCCACCCUGCCCAACCAGCCACCAUCGGCCUCGAAUAGCUUAUCGCAUCCGCCGCAAGGAUCGCCGACGGGACCGACCAUCUUCAAGCCGAUCCCGAGGCACAGCUGAGAACCCCCAGGCCAUGCCGUGCCGCCGGUCCCGGCUCCCGAAGCCGACACCUUCUAGUGCAAAUAUUUAUUUAUUAGCUGAAAAUUCACAAGAGUCUACUUAGAAGAGUUCUGCUGCAGACGCAAAGAUGGCAAACGCCAAACCAGUGAUAUCUAAAUGAACAAGAAACAAAAGAUUGUAGAAUUCAACUUUCCGACGACCUCCGGCCGAGGCUCACCUCUCACUUUCGGCUGAUCGUGUGAAAGUUUGGAACGUGCUAUAAUUUAGUGACUUAAAUUGGUCUCACACCGAGCAUUGAGUUUGUUUUCCAUGAAAAACGCACCUGUUGAGUAACUGUGACUGUCUUUGUUUUAAACGCCGCCAAUUGUUAACGAACCGGUCUUUGUUGCAAUUGUUUAGAGAGAAGCUAGCCUAAACGAACCAAUCACACAAUUACGCGCUUGUACAUAAACCAAUUGUAUAUUCCUUGUAAACGAAAAGUAUUAGCAAUUUUUCAUAGCUGUUAAGCAUCGAUUCGAUUACUUAUAUAUAGAUUAUAUUUUCCCUGAAGCGGUGGAAAAAAAAAUCAAAUCACGAAAAAUACAACAAAUUAUGAAUCUUAAACACAAAACCCCGCCUGCAUUAUGGACCUGAACUGAACAGAAAAGAAAUUCUCCCACCGUUGGAACUUCCCACCUUCCGCCAGACUGCUGCUAGGGUGAGUCAAUCUCCACCAUUCAUUUUCCGCUCGACUUGUUCCGAUUAUUUCGCUUCCGUUGUUGGCAUGGGUGAUGUCGUCCUCUGAUCAGCCGCUUGGUGGUAGGGUUUUACAGUUAUUCCUCGAGUGAGGCUCCGCUUGGGUUCCGUAAGUUCUCGUAAUUCCCAGAAAUAACUGGUGAUGCUUCAUUUUCCACGGAAUUGAUAACACUAGUUCACAGCCUUUUUUAACUCGGUAAGCUGAUGAUUAUUUUU